CCAGGUGUUUCUGCCUCAACAACAUGACUGGGGAGCCCAUUCCAUCUCACCACUGCUCUGUGUGUGAAUGAAGAAGUGUCUCCUUCCCUCUGUCCUGAGUCUGUAUCCAUUUAAUGGAAUGUCAGUUGAGGUGUUGAAAUGCUUGCACUAAUUGUCUUGGAACAGGUUUGCUAGUGUCAUAACACGUGUCUAUUUCUCUUUCACAGCACUGAUACAUUUGUCUCGAGUGUGUAUUUUGUGUCUUGAAUAUAGAGUAUGUUUAGAUCAUAGAUCAUUUGAAUUUCACACCGACAGCUGAGUCAGCCACUGCAAGUUCCUGUCACCUCGGGCUGUCAACAUUUUGCAAGUAGCUUAAGUGAAACUAACGAACCUGGUAAAACACCAUUCUCUAACAAACCAUUAGACACAUUGCAAUGCAUUUAGAAGUUUGCAAUAUAAGGGGGUCUUCUAGCUAAAAUACUGUGCCACUGCUCAGCAGAGCCCCUCAUCAAACGGAUUAGUGUGUUGCAGGCUUCAUGGCAACACUUUUUUAGACGGUUGCUAGUGGGUAGCAGCAUACAGGAAGUUCCGUGUUGCUAAAGUUUCUUAAAGAGGAAACCACCCCAAGAGCCUGCGAUGAAGCAACAUCACAAGAACCCUGCCUGUCGUGAUGUGUCAGUAGAGCUCUCCGUUACGCACCACAGCAUCUGAAACUCUGUCAAGCUCAGCAUAGCGGGACCGAGCACACAGCAAAAAGCCACGCUUCUCUCGAGUGGAGGAGCGUUCUCCGAGCGUCAUGGCAGACAGGAAGAAGUCACGGAGGAUGGGCUCCACCCGCAAGGGACAGCGCAGACUGCAGAACCCCAAGUGCCGGCUGGGGGAUGAGGAGGGGCCCCUGGAGGAUGUGAUGGAGAAGAGUGGAGAGAAGGCCCAGGAGACUCCUGGUGAUCUCCACAAGAUCCAGGAGGUCCAUGGGGAGAGAGGUAUCAGCACACAGGGGGGUCGUCAGAAGCUGCUGGUGGAUCCUCCUGUCAGUGUAGGGGAGCUGGAGCAGGGGCUGGGCUGGGAGGGGAGUGGCUUCAUCACCAGCAAGGAUCUCCCUUCACGGCUGAGGGAGUUUGUGGAGGUCCAGCCCAGUCCCAGUGUGAAGGAGAGGGGGGAGGAGAGGCUCGCCCCAUCGCCAAUGCUCUCCCAGCCCCAGAGCACUGAGCCUCCCAGGGGAGCUGAGGAUGAAGAGAAUGCCAUGGUGCACAGGAAGAGAAAGCUGGGCUCCACCCGCAAGGGACAGCGCAGAAUGCAUGUUUCCGAGGGUCAGCUUGUGGGAGAGGAGGGGCCCCCAGGGGGUGUGAUGGAGGAGAGUGAAGAGAAGGUCCAGGAGAGUAAUGAUCCACUUCACAAGAUCCAGGAGAUCCACGGGGAGAGAGGCUUCAGCACACAGGGGGAUAGUCAGAAGGAGGAGUUGGAUAACAGGCUUAAAACGGAGGUUGCCAGCCAGAAUAUCUCUCCACCUCCACGGGAGUUUGUGGAGGUCCAGCCCAGUCCCAGUGUGAAGGAGACGGGGGAGGAGGAGGAGAGGGUCAUCCCAGCACCAAUGUUCUCCCAGCCUGAGAGCACCGAGCCUCCCAGGGGCGCUGAGGAUGAAGACAACGCCAUGGUGCACAGGAAGAGAAAGCUGGGCUCCACCCGCAAGGGGCAGCGCAGAAUGCAGAUUCUCGAGGGCCAGCUGGUGGGAGAAGAGGGGCCCCCAGGGGGUGUGAUGGAGGAGAGUGAAGAGAAGCUCCAGGAGACACCUGAUGAGCUCCACAAGAUCCAGGAGGUCCAGGAGGAGAGAGGCUUCAGCACACAUGGGGAUAGUCAGAAGGCGGAGGGGCCCCUGGAGAAUGUGAUGGAGGAGAGUGAAGAGAAGGUCCUGGAGACUCCUGAUGAGCUCCACAAGAUCCAGGAGGUCCACGGGGAGAGAGGCUUCAGCACACAGGGGGAUAGUCAGAAGGAGGAGGGGCCCCUGGAGGAUGUGAUGGAGGAGACUGAAGAGAAGCUCCAGGAGACACCUGAUGAGCUCCACAAGAUCCAGGAGGUGCACGGGGAGAGAGGCUUCAGCACACAGGAGGAUCGUCAGAAGGAGGAUGGGCCCCUGGAGGAUGUGAUGGAGAAGAGUGAAGAGAAGGUCCAGGAGACUCCUGAUCCCUUCCACAAGAUCCAGGAGGUCCACGGGGAGAGAGGCUUCAGCACACAGGAAGAUAGUGAGAAGGAGGAGCUGGAUCACAGGCUUAAAAUGGAGGUUGCCAGCCAGAAUAUCUCUCCACCUCCAUGGGAGUUUGUGGAGGCCCAGCCCAGUGCCAGUGUGAAGGAGAAGGGGGAGGAGGAGGAGAGGGUCUCCCCAGCACCAAUGUUCUCCCAGCCUGAGAGCACCAAGCCUCCCAGGGGCGCUGAGGAUGAAGACAACGCCAUGGUGCACAUUAAGAGAAAGCUGGGCUCCACCCGCAAGGGACAGCGCAGAAUGCAUGUUUCCGAGGGUCAGCUUGUGGGAGAGGAGGGGCCCCCAGGGGGUGUGAUGGAGGAGAGUGAAGAGAAGCUCCAGGAGACACCUGAUGAGCUCCACAAAAUCCAGGAGGUCCAAGGGGAGAGAGGCUUCAGCACACAGGGGGAUAGUCAGAAGGCGGAGGGGCCCCUGGAGUAUGUGAUGGAGGAGAGUGAAGAGAAGGUCCUGGAGACUCUUGAUGAGCUCCACAAGAUCCAGGAGGUCCACGGGGAGAGAGGCUUCACCACACAGGGGGAUAGUGAGAAGGAGGAGGGGCCCCUGGAGGAUGUGAUGGAGGAGACUGAAGAGAAGCUCCAGGAGACACCUGAUGAGCUCCACAAGAUCCAGGAGGUGCACGGGGAGAGAGGCUUCAGCACACAGGAGGAUCGUCAGAAGGAGGAUGGGCCCCUGGAGGAUGUGAUGGAGAAGAGUGAAGAGAAGGUCCAGGAGACUCCUGAUCCCUUCCACAAGAUCCAGGAGGUCCACGGGGAGAGAGGCUUCAGCACACAGGAAGAUAGUGAGAAGGAGGAGCUGGAUCACAGGCUUAAAAUGGAGGUUGCCAGCCAGAAUAUCUCUCCACCUCCAUGGGAGUUUGUGGAGGCCCAGCCCAGUGCCAGUGUGAAGGAGAAGGGGGAGGAGGAGGAGAGGGUCUCCCCAGCACCAAUGUUCUCCCAGCCUGAGAGCACCAAGCCUCCCAGGGGCGCUGAGGAUGAAGACAACGCCAUGGUGCACAUUAAGAGAAAGCUGGGCUCCACCCGCAAGGGACAGCGCAGAAUGCAUGUUUCCGAGGGUCAGCUUGUGGGAGAGGAGGGGCCCCCAGGGGGUGUGAUGGAGGAGAGUGAAGAGAAGCUCCAGGAGACACCUGAUGAGCUCCACAAAAUCCAGGAGGUCCAAGGGGAGAGAGGCUUCAGCACACAGGGGGAUAGUCAGAAGGCGGAGGGGCCCCUGGAGUAUGUGAUGGAGGAGAGUGAAGAGAAGGUCCUGGAGACUCCUGAUGAGCUCCACAAGAUCCAGGAGGUCCACGGGGAGAGAGGCUUCACCACACAGGGGGAUAGUGAGAAGGAGGAGGGGCCCCUGGAGGAUGUGAUGGAGGAGAGUGAAGAGAAGCUCCAGGAGACACCUGAUGAGCUCCACAAGAUCCAGGAGGUCCAGGAGGAGAGAGACUUCAGCACACAGGAGGAUCGUCAGAAGGCGGAGGGGCCCCUGGAGGAUGUGAUGGAGGAGAGUGUAGAGAAGGUCCUGGAGACUCCUGAUGAGCUCCACAAGAUCCAGGAGGUCCAGGAGGAGAGAUUCUUCAGCACACAGGAAAAUCGUCAGAAGGAGGAGCUGGAUCAGGGGUUGGAAACAGAGGUUGCAGGCCAGAAUAUCUCUCCAUCCCAAGGGGAGUUUGUGGAGGUCCAGCCCAGUCCUAGUGUGAAGGAGGCGGGGGAGGAGGAGGAGAGGGUCGCCCCAGCACCAAUGCUUUCCCAUCACCAGAGCACUGAGCCUCCCAGGGGCACUGAGGAUGAAAACAAUGCCAUGGUGCACAGGAAGAGAAAGCUGGGCUCCACCCGCAAGGGACAGCGCAGAAUGCAGAUUCUCGAGGGCCAGCUGAUGGGAGAGGAGGGGCCCCCAGGGGGUGUGAUGGAGGAGAGUGAAGAGAAGCUCCAGGAGGCACCUGAUGAGCUCCACAAGGUCCAGGAGGUCCACGGGGAGAGAGGCUUCAGCACACAGGGGGAUAGUCAAAAGGCGGAGGGACCCCUGGAGGAUGUGAUGGAGAAGAGUGAAGAGAAGGUCCUGGAGACUCCUGAUCCUUUCCACAAGAUCCAGGAGGUCCAGGGGGAGAGAGGCUUCACCAUACAGGGGAAUAGUCAGAAGGAUGAGUUGGAUCAGGUGUUGGAAACUGAUGUUGUGGAGGUCCAGCCCAGUGCCAGUGUGAAGGAGAAGGGGGAGGAGGAGGAGGAGGAGGAGAGGGUCAUCCCAGCAUCAAUGUUCUCCCAGCCUGAGAGCACCGAGCCUCCCAGGGGAGCUGAGGAUGAAGAGAACGCCAUGGUGCACAGGAAGAGAAAGCUGGGCUCCACCCGCAAGGGACAGCGCAGAAUGCAUGUUUCCGAGGGUCAGCUUGUGGGAGAGGAUGGGCCCCCAGGGGGUGUGAUGGAGGAGAGUGAAGAGAAGCUCCAGGAGACACCUGAUGAGCUCCACAAAAUCCAGGAGGUCCAAGGGGAGAGAGGCUUCAGCACACAGGGGGAUAGUCAGAAGGCGGAGGGGCCCCUGGAGGAUGUGAUGGAGGAGAGUGUAGAGAAGGUCCUGGAGACUCCUGAUGAGCUCCACAAGAUCCAGGAGGUCCACGGGGAGAGAGGCUUCACCACACAGGGGGAUAGUGAGAAGGAGGAGGGGCCCCUGGAGGAUGUGAUGGAGGAGAGUGAAGAGAAGCUCCAGGAGACACCUGAUGAGCUCCACAAGAUCCAGGAGGUCCAGGAGGAGAGAGACUUCAGCACACAGGAGGAUCGUCAGAAGGCGGAGGGGCCCCUGGAGGAUGUGAUGGAGGAGAGUGUAGAGAAGGUCCUGGAGACUCCUGAUGAGCUCCACAAGAUCCAGGAGGUCCAGGAGGAGAGAUUCUUCAGCACACAGGAAAAUCGUCAGAAGGAGGAGCUGGAUCAGGGGUUGGAAACAGAGGUUGCAGGCCAGAAUAUCUCUCCAUCCCAAGGGGAGUUUGUGGAGGUCCAGCCCAGUCCUAGUGUGAAGGAGGCGGGGGAGGAGGAGGAGAGGGUCGCCCCAGCACCAAUGCUUUCCCAUCACCAGAGCACUGAGCCUCCCAGGGGCACUGAGGAUGAAAACAAUGCCAUGGUGCACAGGAAGAGAAAGCUGGGCUCCACCCGCAAGGGACAGCGCAGAAUGCAGAUUCUCGAGGGCCAGCUGAUGGGAGAGGAGGGGCCCCCAGGGGGUGUGAUGGAGGAGAGUGAAGAGAAGCUCCAGGAGGCACCUGAUGAGCUCCACAAGGUCCAGGAGGUCCACGGGGAGAGAGGCUUCAGCACACAGGGGGAUAGUCAAAAGGCGGAGGGACCCCUGGAGGAUGUGAUGGAGAAGAGUGAAGAGAAGGUCCUGGAGACUCCUGAUCCUUUCCACAAGAUCCAGGAGGUCCAGGGGGAGAGAGGCUUCACCAUACAGGGGAAUAGUCAGAAGGAUGAGUUGGAUCAGGUGUUGGAAACUGAUGUUGUGGAGGUCCAGCCCAGUGCCAGUGUGAAGGAGAAGGGGGAGGAGGAGGAGGAGGAGGAGAGGGUCAUCCCAGCAUCAAUGUUCUCCCAGCCUGAGAGCACCGAGCCUCCCAGGGGAGCUGAGGAUGAAGAGAAUGCCAUGGUGCACAGGAAGAGAAAGCUGGGCUCCACCCGCAAGGGACAGCGCAGAAUGCAUGUUUCCGAGGGUCAGCUUGUGGGAGAGGAUGGGCCCCCAGGGGGUGUGAUGGAGGAGAGUGAAGAGAAGCUCCAGGAGACACCUGAUGAGCUCCACAAAAUCCAGGAGGUCCAAGGGGAGAGAGGCUUCAGCACACAGGGGGAUAGUCAGAAGGCGGAGGGGCCCCUGGAGGAUGUGAUGGAGGAGAGUGUAGAGAAGGUCCUGGAGACUCCUGAUGAGCUCCACAAGAUCCAGGAGGUCCACGGGGAGAGAGGCUUCACCACACAGGGGGAUAGUGAGAAGGAGGAGGGGCCCCUAGAGGAUGUGAUGGAGGAGAGUGAAGAGAAGCUCCAGGAGACACCUGAUGAGCUCCACAAGAUCCAGGAGGUCCAGGAGGAGAGAUUCUUCAGCACACAGGAAAAUCGUCAGAAGGAGGAGCUGGAUCAGGGGUUGGAAACAGAGGUUGCAGGCCAGAAUAUCUCUCCAUCCCAAGGGGAGUUUGUGGAGGUCCAGCCCAGUCCUAGUGUGAAGGAGGCGGGGGAGGAGGAGGAGAGGGUCGCCCCAGCACCAAUGCUUUCCCAUCACCAGAGCACUGAGCCUCCCAGGGGCACUGAGGAUGAAAACAAUGCCAUGGUGCACAGGAAGAGAAAGCUGGGCUCCACCCGCAAGGGACAGCGCAGAAUGCAGAUUCUCGAGGGCCAGCUGAUGGGAGAGGAGGGGCCCCCAGGGGGUGUGAUGGAGGAGAGUGAAGAGAAGCUCCAGGAGGCACCUGAUGAGCUCCACAAGGUCCAGGAGGUCCACGGGGAGAGAGGCUUCAGCACACAGGGGGAUAGUCAAAAGGCGGAGGGACCCCUGGAGGAUGUGAUGGAGAAGAGUGAAGAGAAGGUCCUGGAGACUCCUGAUCCUUUCCACAAGAUCCAGGAGGUCCAGGGGGAGAGAGGCUUCACCAUACAGGGGAAUAGUCAGAAGGAUGAGUUGGAUCAGGUGUUGGAAACUGAUGUUGUGGAGGUCCAGCCCUGUCCCAGUGUGAAGGAGAAGGGGGAGGAGGAGGAGAGGGUCUCCCCAGCACCAAUGUUCUCCCAGCCUGAGAGCACCGAGCCUCCCAGGGGCACUGAGGAUGAAGACAACGCCAUGGUGCACAGGAAGAGAAAGCUGGGCUCCACCCGCAAGGGACAUCGAAGAAUGCAGAACCCUGAGGGCCGGCUGAGGGGAGAGGGGCCCCUGGAAGGUGUGAUGGAGGAGAGUGGAGAGAAUGCCCAGGAGACUCCCGGUGAUCUCCACAAGAUCCAGGAGGUCCAUGGGGAGAGAGGCUUUAGCACACAGGGGGGUUGUCAGAAGCUGCUGGUGGAUCCUCCUGUCAGUGUAGGGGAGCUGGAGCAGGGGCUGGGCUGGGAGGGGAGUGGCUUCAUCACCAGCAAGGAUCUCCCUUCAGGGCUGAGGGAGUUCCUGGCGGGCCAGCCCAGUGCCAGUGUAAAGGAGGAGGAGAGGGUCACCCCAGCACCAAUGCUCUGCCAGCCCCAGAGCACCAAGGAUAAAGAUUCCACCGUGACAGACAGAAAGAGAAAGCUAGGCUCCAGCCGCAGGGGCCCCAAAAGAUUGCAGAACCUCGGGGGCCGGCAGGGAGGGCGACGGGAGGGCCUGGAGACCACCAACGCACUCCGCAAGAUCCAGGAGCUAUUCCAGGGCAGUGACGGAGAAGGGACGGGAAUCUUCACCCGCGCAGAGAUGCAGGAGGUGUGUGGGGAUCUGCCUCUCACCUUGGAGGAGCUGGACCAGGUGUUUGACCGGCUGGACAGAGAGGGCAGUGGCUACAUCACCAGCGAGGAUCUCUCUGCAGCGCUGAGAGAGUUCCUGGCGGCCCAGUGCAGAGCCAGUCAGAGGGAGGAGGAAGAGAGUGUGUCUCCGCCCCCCCUGUUCUACCAAUCCCAGGGCAUUGUGUUACCGGAGGAAAUCCACGACGAGGAGAAACAGCACUUCCUGGCCCUGAUGGACAAGCUGGGAGCCAGCAACCUGCUAGAGGACCAGUCAGAGAUCUGGAAGCUGUGGGCGGAGCUGCGGCAGAAUGAACCUCAUCUCCUGGGAAACCUGGAGGAGUUUGUGGCCAAGGUGACUUCUCAGAUCCGCGAGGCCAGGGAGGAGAAAGAGGGUCUGGAGCUCACUCUGCAGAGGAGGAUCGUGGAGCACAACCUGGAGGUGCGGCAGCUGUAUGAGGAGAUGGAGCAGCAGAUCAGCCGGGAGAAAGAACGACUGCACAGAGAGAGCUUUAAGAAAUCUCGCUCCCAGGGCAAGGAGCUGAAGAAGGAGCUGGACAGGAAGACUGAUGAAGUGCAGCAUCUGGUUGAGGUUCAGAAUGAGCUGGAGAAGAGUGUCCACACACUGCGCAUCCGACAGCACGCAACCUGCUCCGAGAACGAGACGCUGCGCAGGACCAACCGUGAGCUGGAGGGGCAGCUAGAGGGCAUCCGCGAGCAGCUGCAGGAGGCGCGCGCACGGCUGCAGGACAUGCGCAGCUCCGAGGCACACAGACAGCAGCAGCAGCAGCAGCAAGCACAGGGGGAGAGGAGACAAGACACAGAACACACUUCUGGAGAGCCUGAGCGCUCGUCUGGCACAGAGGUCACUAAGACAGAAGAAGCUGCAACAGAACAGAAGAAAACAGAAAAUUCUCAGCCAGCAGAAUUUAUUAGAGCCGGAUCAGUGCUGGGCAGCUACAUCCAGGAUGACUUCUCUGCAGGUGCGCCACCUAAAGAUGAAGAGCCCACUAAUACAAAUGCCAUGACCCGCCGGAGAGUGAUUUCAAUAGAGGAGGACCCACUUCCUGACCUGAUAACACCGACGCGCAGCAAGCUGGGGCAGGAACGAGAAGUGCUCUGGGAGCAAGAGGGAAGGGAAAUACUGAGAGCGCAGACAGCCCCAGAUCAUCUGUACAACGUGCUGCUGGUGGGGGACAGCAGCGUUGGAAAGACAUCCUUCAUCAAGCGCCUCAAAGACGGGGAGUUCCGCUCCGACCACUGCGCCACCGUGGGUUUGGACAGCUGCAUACACACUCUGCUCAUCGGUGACAGACGGUUUGUCCUUCAGCUCUGGGACACUGCCGGACAGGAGAGGUACCACAGCAUCACAAAGCAGGUGUUCCGGAAGGCUGACGGGGUCGUAGUGAUGUAUGACAUCACCUCUGCACAGAGCUUCACAGCAGUGCGAUACUGGCUGACCUGCAUACAGGAAGGGGCAGGCGAUGAGGUGGUAGUCGUGCUGCUGGCGAACAAGAGCGACAGCAAUGUGAGGAGAGCGGUCCCCACACACGAGGGAGAGCAGCUCGCACAGGAGAACAGAAUCCUGUUCCAUGAGUGCAGUGCAGCCUCUGGAUACAACGUCACUGAAUCCAUGAUCAACUUAGCCAGGCAGCUGAAGGAGCAGGAGGAGGGCUUGACGGGGAGCGACAGUGAGAAGAAGAGGGUGGAGUUACAAGAAACCCAGCCCAAGAAGAAGUCAGGCUGCUGUUAGACUCACUGACGAGAACUUCGAUCGUCACAAUGAAUGGAUUUAUUAACAAUGGGAGCUCUUUCUCUAUCCAGGGGUCCAGGGGUUGGGUGACGGAAAAAGAAAGGGUGACACUUUAAUUUAGAGAUUCGUUACCAGCGCUUAUAUCCAAUAUACAAUAUAUAAUCUAGAAUGUUAUUAACAAUAAUAGAUUGUGAUUAGAAAUCAUAAAUGUGAAUUGCAUUACACUUUUGCAAUAUAUUGCUCUAACAUAAGGAUAGUUAUAAUAUACAUGAUUACGAUAUUCAUAUGCCACUUACUCAAAUGUUACCAAUGAAUGAGGGUAAGCACUUUGUUUGAAGUGAUACUAAUUGCAUUGCAGUUAGUUACAAACACCAUACAGAGAGUCUGAUACAACACCCCACCCAACACGUAUUGCACAAUGACUUCCCCAUCUGGAGACUCAUCGACAGCACUGGCUAACAUGGCAGCCUUUAUGCUAUUUAUAGAUUCUAUAAAUUGACUAUAAAACUGUAAAUGCGUCCCAAUGUAUUUCUUUUAUACACUGCAAAAGAGCUGCUUAAAUACAUACUGUACAUUAGCAGACAGUUAUAUCUGUGCUUUAUAUCUGUAUCUAUACAAUAAAAUGCUCAAUGUCUUUCUGAACCUA